AUGGACUCACUGCUUUAUCGAUCGCUCGUGAACCGCGUGAUCUUACACAUCGACAUGGACGCAUUCUAUGCGCAAGUGGAGCAUAGAAGGACCGGGAUUUCUCGAGAGGAGCCGCUGGCUGUGCAGCAAUGGGAAGGACUCAUUGCAGUUAAUUACCCUGCUCGAGCGCGAGGGAUUACACGCCACAUGCGGGUAGAAGAAGCAAAGAAGAUUUGCCCUGAUUUGCACUUGGUGCAUAAAAGGGAUGACCUUCCAAGGAAAGUAAGCCUAGAAAGAUAUAGAAAUGCCUCGAUGGAAGUGUUCGAAGUAUUGCAACAAUAUGGGAUAGUUGAGAAAGCGAGCAUUGACGAGGCGUAUAUUGAUGUUACAAAAACUGUAAAUAAUUUGUACAGAAGGAUUUUUGAUCUUGAACAGAAUGACGCGGAUAAACAUGGGUUGAACGAAACGAAUGAUAGAUUCGAUGAAAUAAAUACGGCCAAAGAGGAGGAUCUGAAGCUGCUUCUGGGAGCUGUAAUCUGCCAAGCGGCGAGGGCAGGGGUGCUGGAACAUACAAGUUUUACCUGCAGCGGAGGCAUCAGUCACAACAAAAUGCUUUCCAAGCUAGCUUCCGCACGACACAAACCGAAUCAGCAGACGAUCGUUCCUGUGCAAGGUGUACAGUCAUUGAUGGAGCAACUACCUUUGAAAAAUAUUCGUGGGUUAGGAGGAAAGUUCGGAAACCAGCUG